GAAUGAUCUAUUCUAAUGUGUCCAUUUGGGGAUCCGAUUAUUUUCAAAGGGAUGCUGAUUUGAAAUUGAAUGUGAGAAUGACAAAUAUUAAAUCAAACCAUUUAUCAAAUCGCAAGCAGCAGAAAACAAAACAAUUAAAGGAAUGUAUUUAGCUAGAAAAUAUCAAAAGAAUCUGUCUUGGGCAAUCGAUGACAGCCAAAGUAAGUGGGAAAAAGGUGUUACAUUAGAUUAUGAGUUAAACAUCACUUAAACCAUAUCAUGUAAUCAUGUUUUUUUUCCAACACCCUCAUGUGGAAAGCUGUAUGUGUGAGCAAUAUGGCCCGUGUUAAGGGAAUGACCCUCCUUGUCAGAAGUUAGUCCCAGGACACAAAUUAUACUAUAUAAACUCAUGCCAGAGAUGAAGACUCACAUAUUAUGUCAGGUUGAUCUUGAGAUUAGAGGACAUCUAGAAAGGUGAGUAGAUGGUACAUUACUGUACCUAACCAAGUCAUUAUUACAGCAAGAUUUAGAAAUAGCAGCAGUAUGAUAAAACUCAUGGAUGAUGAGGUACAUAUCUGAACUUUUGAGGAUGUAAAUGACAAUGCACUCUCUGAUUUACCUUAUAUUUCAGCCCAAAUAUUGCUAAUCUACUGCAUUACAGGUUGCAACUAUUGAGCGAUGAAUUUCUCAGUCGAUGGCAACGUCACACACGUCUCUCUCAACGUCAGAGACACGUUUGUCACGGCUUUGACAAAGAACAUUAUUGUGGUGGCGCUGUGGAUCUCCAUCAACUACAUCAAUGGCACAUUUGUCCACACCUUCUUGAAACACGAGACCUUCAAUGUCAACCCUCGCUACAUCCUCUUCAUCCACCUGGUGAUCAAUGACAUGAUCCAAUUGACCAUUGCUGUCUUCCUGCAUGUCAUAAGCUACAUCCUGUUCACAAUCAAUGUGUCUUUUUGCUGCUUUCUUUUGAUGAUCGCCAUUUUUACCACUUUGAAUACUCCUGUGAACCUGGCUACCAUGGCCUUAGAGCGCUAUAUAGCUAUAUGUAUACCGCUGCGCCAUUCUCAGAUAUGUACAGUGCGCAGGACCUACAUUCUCAUUGGCAUCAUUUGGAUCAUGGCCACGAUUCCAAUUUUACCUGACCUUUUCAUUCUCUUGGCCACAGAACCACUUCAGUUCUUCCACUCCAAAAUAUUCUGUAGCCGAGACUCACUUUUCCGCAACCCGUACCUGAUAGAGAAGAAAAACAUUUCCCACGCUGUGUAUCUGACUGUUGUUUGGUUCACUCUUUUCUAUACGUAUUUCAGGAUCAUGUUCACUGCCAAGGCGGCUAAUGCAGAUGCCAGGAAGGCUCGCAACACCAUCUUGCUUCAUGCUGUACAGUUGUUAAUGUGCAUGUUCACCUACAUAGGCCCUUUGAUUGACAGCCUGAUGCUAUAUAUAUUUUCCACACAUGCGCUGGAGAUCCGGUUUACUAGCUAUGUAAUUGUUCAUAUUUUGCCCAGGCUUAUUAGUCCAAUAGUUUAUGGGCUUAGAGAUCAGACCUUUUGUAAGUAUCUGAAGAGGUACCUGAUGUGUCGGGUGAAUGAGCAUUUAUCCUCAAAAUGUGUCCCUCUCAAACACCACCAGCCAAGGGAAAAGGUCUUUAUAGAUCACAUAGCAGGAUAAUUCUUCUCCAUGUGUAUAUACUCUAUAUAUAUAUAUAUAUAUAUAUGUGUGUGUGUGUGUGUGUAUAUAUAUAUAAAGAUAUAUAGAGAGAGAUAAAGGGUUUUAUUGUUCUUCACCAAAUAAUUAUGGCAGCAAGCUGAAUUGUAAUGAAAAUGUGGAAGAAAAAAUGUGUAAUUCAAUAUCUAUCUAUCCACUGAGUGUAAAAAAACAUUAAGGACACCUGCUCUUUCCAUGAGACUGACCAGGUGAAUCCAGAUGAAAGCUAUGAUCCCUUAUUGAUGUCACUUGUUAAAUCCCCUUCAUUGUAGAUAAAGGGAGGAAACAGAUUAAAGAAGAAUUUGUAAGCUUUGAGACAAUUGAGACAUGGAUUGUCUGUGUGCCAUUCAGAGGGUGAAUGGGCAAGACAAAAGAUUUAAGUACCUUUGAACGGGGUAUGGUAGUAAAGUGCCAGGCACACCGGUUUGUGUCAACUGCAAUGCUGCUAGGUUCUUAAUGCUUAACAGUUUCCUGUGUGUAUUAAGAAUGGCCCACCACCCAAAUGACAACCAGUCAACUUGACAACUGUGGUAAGCAUUGGAGUCAACAUUGGCAGGCAUCCCUGUAGAAUGCUGUUGACACCUUAUAGAGUCUAUGCCCUGAUGAAUUGAGACUGUUCUGAGUGCAAAAGGGGGGCUCUAACUCAACAUUAGGAAGGUGUCCUUAAUGUUUUGUACACUCAGCAUGUAUGCAUGUAUACACACCAGUGCCUUCAGAAAGUUCACACCCCUUGACUUUU